CUGACUACAGAAAAGAAGAUAACGUCCUUCUUUUUUUAUAUAUUAAAAUAGUCAAGAUGCCUAUGGACCCUAAGGAUUGGAUUGAUGUUACCACUGAAAAGAACCACUACUCUUUAAACCAUUUCGUUAUUCCUCAUCACUAUGAAAAGGACGUUUCUUCCAUUCUUAUUCCACACGGUGUCAUUAUGGAUCGUGUCAACAAACUUGCUCGUCUGAUUGUUGCUGAGACCACGGGACCCUUAGUCGUCUGUUGUAUCUUGAAGGGUGGUCACCAAUACUUUGCUGAUUUGAUUAACGCUGUCAAAAAGUUGACCAACAAGGAAGGCAAGACCGUUCCUUUAAGUUUGGAAUUCCUUCGUGUCAAGUCUUACAAGAACGAUACGUCUGAAGGUGUGACCAUGUCCAUCACUGACGAAGAAUGCAGAGACUUUAAGGGAAAAAAUCUCUUGAUUGUUGAAGAUAUCAUUGAUACAGGCAACACUAUGGUUCAUUUAUUAAAGAAAUUAGAAACAUAUCAACCUAAAUCGAUUCGAGUCACCAGUUUGUUGAUCAAGAAGACACCCAAGAGUAACGGUUAUGUUCCUGAUUACGUUGGCUUCUCUAUUCCCGAUGAAUUCGUUGUUGGUUAUGCUUUGGAUUAUAAUGAAUAUUUCCGUGAUUUGGAUCAUAUCUGUGUUAUUAGCGAACAUGGUAAACAAGCUUAUGCCAUUCAAUAAUAAACAUUAUCUGCAUCUCUCUUUUUUUUUUUUUUCCUCAUAAUAAAAACAAGGUCAUAUUUAUUAUAAAUGGGA